AAAUGCCUAUCUUCAGCUCUCUCUCUCUCUCUCUCUCUCACACACACACACACAAAAUAAAUGCACAGUCGGAUCUCUAAUGGAUAUUGAUACGUCUUUUCACAUUUAUAUCUUUAAAGCUCCAAACCAUAUCUAUAGCUUUCGUUCACUCCACUUCAUCUUUGUAGAGAAGCUCAUAUAUCGAUUGAGUGACAAACAGAGUGUUGUGUGUUUUAAUGGGGAGAGCACCGUGUUGUGAUAAGAAGGGGUUGAAGAAAGGUCCAUGGACUCCUGAGGAAGAUGAGAAAUUGGUUGAGUAUAUCAACAAGAAUGGCCAUGGCAGCUGGCGUUCUCUCCCCAAGCUCGCAGGUCUUCUUCGGUGUGGGAAGAGUUGCCGGCUGCGAUGGACAAACUAUCUUAGACCAGACAUUAAACGAGGUCCCUUUAGUCCCGAAGAAGAGAAGCUUGUCAUACAACUCCAUGGCAUUCUUGGAAACAGAUGGGCUGCCAUUGCUGCUCAACUACCCGGAAGGACAGACAAUGAAAUCAAGAACUUGUGGAACACCCAUCUGAAGAAGCGUUUGGUGAAGAUGGGUAUUGAUCCUCAGACUCACGAGCCUUCAGCCUCUAACGGUUUUCUCCAACAACUCCCUGCAUCUUCUUCUACUCGUCAUAUGGCACAAUGGGAGAGCGCUAGGCUUGAAGCUGAAGCUCGCCUUUCGAAGGAAUCACUACUGUUGAUUCCGUUGUCUGGGGGGAAAUCUAAUUCUGAUUUUUUCUUGCGCUUGUGGAAUUCUGAGGUGGGUGAUGCAUUUCGAAAGUUUGACGAGGGGGAGAAAACUGCUUGUCAAAGUGUAGUCUCGAGUGAAUCAAUUUCAGGUUCCAAAACUGAAAUGGCACUUACUGCGGCAGGUUCCUCGGCUGCAGGGAGCAACCAAGAUGAAGAUACAGACUGCAAAUCCUACACGGAAGAGGUCAUCCCAUCAUCAGAUUCAUCUUGCUCUAAUGAGUUGGAGGAUUCUACUGAAUCUGCAUUACAACUUCUUUUAGACUUCCCUAGCAACAAUGACAUGAGCUUCUUGGGACAUACCAAUAACUCUAGCUUUAUAUCGUGUCAUUUUUACUAGGAAGUUAUUGUAAAUUGCUUUUCUGAAGCAUACAAAAAUCUGCCUCUGAAGAAUUACUAGUGAAAUUUUGGAUGGUUGUUUUUGUGCAACUCCAGACAUGGAGCAAUGCAGGGGUGAGUUGUUCUCCAAUCAAUUUGAUCAUCAUUUAUGGAGAAAUGGAGGAUAUUUCGGUGAGAAAA